GAUCUAUUGAUGUUUGAAAGUCGACUUGGAGGUCUUCUCGUACUAAAUUCUCCACUGGACUUCGAGACUCUCCCCAGAUUUAUAGUAACCAUACGUGUCCAGGAUCAAGGGGACCCUCCACAAAGUGCCUUCACGACCUUGACAGUUCACAUUGUGGAUGCCGACGACCAAAAUCCGAAAUUUCAAGCUGAUAAAUACACAGCUUUAAUACCCGAAAAUCCGAGUGCUGGAACACAAUUAACAAUAGCACCAAGUCCUAUACAAGCUGAAGACCCGGAUGUGGGUAUUAGAGCGACCAUUAACUACUCCUUUAGUUCAAAUUCUGGAGAAUAUUCCUACUUUGAGCUGGAUCGACAUUCCGGAAAGAUCACCAUUAAAAAAGCAAUACCUCAGACCCUACCUCUCCCCAUGACGCUGGUUAUUAAAGCCACACAACUGGACAAUAAAGACAGGUAUUCUAUAACUACGUUAACGGUGAUCUCUGACCAAAAAGUACCUAGCGUCCUCAGGUUUUUGCAGACCAAUUACGUCACGACCGUGUUGGAAAAUACCCCGCCUGGUGCCAGAAUUGUGACUUUCCAAAUAUCAAAAUAUUCAAAGGACGUUCAGUUCACGCUUUUCAAUGAUCCAGAUGAAAAUUUUUCUGUGAGAUACACAGGAGAAAUCGUCAUUGCUAAGCCUUUGGACUUUGAACGUCAACAAGAAUUUGUUCUUGAUGUAAUGGUCUCUGAUGGUAACCAGAGUGACACUGCCCGUAUAAACAUCAGCGUAACCAAUGUUAACGAUAAUGAUCCAGUUUUCGCUGAGACACACUACACGUUCGUAGUGAAAGAUUCGGAGAUACGAACUGGAAUGUUGAUAGGAAAAGUCAAAGUAACUGAUGAAGAUAUCGAUGACAUCGUACACUUGAAGAUCAAAGGAAAGUUUUCCAAGUUGUUUAAAGUGUCGAGUGAGGGGGAAAUAAGAAUUGAUAACUUGGCAUUACUUAAUACCAGUGUAUGUCAUGUAUUUGUGGUUGCGAUAGACAGUGGAGAUCCCCCCCGGCAAGCCAGUGUCCCCGUGACCAUUCACUUCCCUAUGGAUCUGUUAGAGAAUGAGCUACAGUCUGACAGUAAGGAGGGUUUCCUCGUGCUAAUGGUUGUCUUUGGGGUGCUCUUCGGGAUACUCCUUCUGGCGGUCGCCAUUCUAACCAUCUAUAUACUAAAAAGAAAGCAGUACCGUGACCAUCUCUCAGUCAUUACGGCCACUGAGGACCAUCCUCCAGUCCAAAAGAUUACCACUUACACGGACUAUGUCCAUCCAGCCAACAGUCAGUCUCACACAAAUCCUGUUGGAAAGGAAGACCCCAUACUUCAAAUGGUUGAUCGUACUGGAGCAGACAUUAGAAGCGCCAAGAGUUCUAAAGAACCAGUUUCCCUAUUGUAUUCUCUUCAUAGCCAGGAAACUAGUCUCGGAAUUCCUUUCGCUCCUGCAGACCAGCUAGAAAAAAGUCCACUUGAACAAAUUUGUAAUGACCAAUCAAUUAAUUCAGAGUUGGAUACGAAGAGCAAAAAAAAACAAACAAAACCCACAACACUUACAGUCCUCGAAGAUUAGAGAAAGUAUGUUGGGAAGAUGAAUGAAACAAAAACGACAGAAUUUGAUCCAGAUAUUUACUUCACACCAUUGUCGAGAUCAGUAAAGCCAGAUAAAAGGACCGAAUUGCAUAUCUGUUUCUAACCUAAGUGGACAGGUUUAUAACUUAAUUUUUGUUGACUUGACGUUAUAACUAAGACUAAUUAGAACAAUUUUUUUUAAUAUAUUCGGUUGGGUAGAAUUAUCAUUUAACCCAAGUAAUUAUCAUUCUAAACGCAUAUUGUUUAAAUAAUGUAAAUAACUUUGUUCCGAGUUUAGCACGUGAUAGUGUAACUCAUUUAAGUAAUUCAACAUUGUGGUAUGAUCAAUAUGGAAACUGUGAUGGCCUAAUGGUAGUUGUCUGAUCAAGUGGACAAAUGGACACUGUGAUAGCCUAAUUGUGGUCUGAUCAAGUGGACAAAUGGAAACUGUGAUGGCCUAAUGGUAGUUGUCUGAUCAAGUGGACAAAUGGACACUGUGAUGGCCUAAUGGUUGUGGUCUGAUCAAGUGGACAAAUGGACAUUGUGAUGGCCUAAUUGUGGUCUGAUCAAGUUGACAAAUGGAAACUGUGAUGGCCUAAUGUUUGUGGUCUGAUGAAGUGGACAAAUGGACACUGUGAUGGUCUAAUUGUGGUUUGAUCAAGUGGACAAAUGGAAACUGUGAUGGCCUAAUGUUGUGGUCUGAUGAAGUGGACAAAUGGACACUGUGAUGGUCUAAUUGUGGUCUGAUCAAGUUGACAAAUGGAAACUGUGAUGGCCUAAUUGUUGUGGUCUGAUCAAGUAAACAAAUAGACACUGUGAUGACCUGAUUUUUGCAUGAUGAUAUAUAUUGGACGAAUUUGUGCCAUAUUUCUGGGGAAAGAUUUUGUAGCUUUCUCGGAGUGGAUAAAACUCGAACAAUUUAAACGUAUCAUGAUUUGAAAUGUUUAAAGACUUGAAAGUUUAUGGAAAUUUCAUCUAUAAAAUACAUCUCAAGUAAUUAAAACAGGGUAUCUUUUCAUUGUGCAGCACGUUCCAACAGGGCUUCACUAAUAAUUGGAUGUUUACAUUUGUAUAUCACCAGAUUAAUGUAACAUUUGUCGAUCACCAUAUUAGUUGUACAGUGUUUUAAGAUGUUUACAUUUGUAGAUCACUUACCUAGCUGAAAAUGCAGUAA